AUGAAAGCAGCAGAAAACAUCACCAGCCACGAAUUCUCCAACAUUGUCGCCAUAGAACGAACAUGUUCUGGAAUUUCUCUCCUAGGUUGUUUCUUCAUAAUCAUUACCUUUCUUACCACCACUGCAUUUCGUAAACCCAUUAAUCGAUUGGUUUUCUACGCUUCUCUGGGUAAUAUUUUCACCAAUCUCGCUACGCUUAUUUCUCGCUCUGCACUUGCAGAUCCAGAUGGUCGGUUUUGUCAAUUCCAGGCUUUUCUCAUUCAGAUGUUCCUCCCAGCCGAUGCAUAUUGGACAUUGGCUAUGGCAUGUAGCGUCAUGUGUGCAUUUUUCUUUCACUUCGAUGUGGUAGAGCUCCGCCAAUUGGAGAAAUGGUACAUACUGCUAUGCUAUGGUCUACCAUUCAUUCCCGCAUUCGUAUUUUUCUUUGUACAUACAAGAACACGCGGGUAUAUAUAUGGAAGUGCUGUAUCAUGGUGCUGGAUCAAGACAAAAUGGGGUUGGUGGAGACUCUGGAGUUUUUACGUACCAGUUUGGUAUGUUUACACCUUUCACCAUCGUGGAAUCCUUGGUUGA